AGUCAGUACCUAUCUCUUACGUAGCAGCCUCAAAAAACACGAAAAAAAAAGGCUCCCGCCAAGAUGGGGGGCAAGAGCUCGCCAGUAGAGAAGCGCAUAUCCUUUGAAGACGGCCAUUCCAGCGCCAGCGACGAGGAUCAAAAGGCUGUAGAGGUUCUGUUCGAUCCGACCAACCCGUACCGACGUAAGAGCUCGCUCGUGGCGGCGGACGCGACACCACACAGACCGCGCAGAUCUCAGCCACAGCCCCUGCCCCACGACAGGGCCCAGUGCAUCGUCCAUCAGCUCUUCGAGGGCCAGCGGAGGGCCAGCGUGGACAAUCACCACCCCCACCGCCACGACCGCGACCAUGGGCAUGCCCACGGCAUCGAUGCCUCGGAGGAGCGGGGGUUGAAUCGCAUUGUGGAGCCCAAGGGCGGCGGCGGCGGCGGCGGCGGCGGCGGCGAGGGCGGCCCUGGCCAUGUCACGCCUCGAAACGGUGCUGCUUCCAGUGCCAGCGCCAGCUAUAAGCGCCGUCUAGACUUCCUCGAGGUCCCCAGCGACAGCAGCGACGCCGGUCAGGUCGACGAGAAGCACUGGCAGCAGGGCAUCUCCCAGUCCAAGUCCGAGAUGGACAUCGCGUCGCAGCACGAGGCCCUUCACAGCCGCCUCCUGACCAAGAAGCAGCUGAGCGAGAUGGCAUGGGGCGUCCGCGAGCUCAGCAGGCGUCUCGGCAGCAUGCGCCUCAAGUUCAAGGUCAAGACCAUCUUUCUGCUCACCAAAAUCUAUGAUGAAGACCUGAUCCCCAAGACCCGCGACCUCACCCGCUGGCUCCUGGACAAGGACCGCGACGUGAGGUACACUGUCUACGUCGAGCGGUCGCUCAAGGACAACAGCCUGUUUGAUGCCCCUGGCCUCCUGGAAAACUUGCAGAAAGAAUACAACUCCACCGGAGAUCCCGCCGACGAGGAGGCCGGUGCCAAUCUGUCGCGUCGGCUGAGGUACUGGGACCAGGAGAUAUGUCAAACCCGGCCCCAUACCUUCGACUUUGUCAUCACGCUCGGUGGCGAUGGUACCGUCCUUUACGCCAGCUGGCUCUUCCAGCGCAUUGUGCCACCCGUCUUGAGCUUUGCCCUCGGCAGCCUCGGCUUCCUCACCAAGUUUGACUUUGACGAAUACAAGGAGACCCUGACGACAGCAUUCAACCACGGUGUCACUGUGGGUCUGAGGCUCCGGUUCGAAGGCACCAUCAUGAGGAGUCAGAAGAAGAAAAAGAAGCCAGUCCUGACUGCGCCCGAGACAGGAGAUGCCGAGUCCGUCCAGGACGAGCCCAAGCCUGAUCUGGUGGAAGAGCUAAUAGGCGAGGAGAAGGAGGAUGAGCACACACACAGGCCCGAUGGCACAUACGAAAUACUAAACGAGAUUGUCAUCGACCGCGGGCCAAACCCAACCAUGUCAUAUCUAGAGAUAUUCGGCGACGACGAGCACUUCACAUCCGUCCUAGCGGAUGGUAUAUGUGUGUCGACACCUACAGGCUCUACAGCCUACAACCUAGCCGCAGGUGGCUCGCUCUGCCACCCAGAGAACCCGGUGAUGCUGGUGACGGCCAUCUGCGCGCAUACGCUCUCCUUCCGACCCAUCAUCCUGCCCGACACCAUUGUGCUGCGCGUGGGCGUGCCCUACUGUGCCCGGACGGGCUCGUGGGCCAGCUUCGACGGCCGCGAGCGCAUCGAGCUCCACGCGGGCGACUACGUAACCAUCAGCGCCAGCAGGUACCCCUUCGCCUCGGUCCAGGCGCCCGGCCGCCGCAGCGAGGACUGGGUCAACAGCAUCAGCGGCAAGCUCGGAUGGAACACGCGACAGAAGCAAAAGGCGUACAGCAAGUGGGAUGCCUGAACGCGCGUACGCCCACGCAGACGAGCCGAUGCCCACGUAACGCACGGCGUAAACGAGACAGGUGUCUUGUAAGAAUAGACCUAGUACCUACCCCGUCCAUCGCCUUCCCGCAACUCAACCAUGUACAUAGAGCAUAGAUAAUGAACAAGAGUCAGGUUUCAUCCG